AUGCUUUCCACUUCCAUGACCGGGUGCAUUUUGUCCGUCCUGCAAGCCCUGUUGGGCGAUUCCCCGUACUUCCAGUCGCAGCGACACUCGUGCCACCAUCACGGCCAUCACCAUGGCAUCGAGUCCGUCGAGUCCAUGGAGGCAUGGGCCCAGUACCGACUCAUAAAGCAACUGCUCUGUGUGCGACAUCCCCGCGACCCGCUCGACCCAGCUUUACUCCACGACAUCGAGCAGGUCCUGCUGGAGGAACGCGCCCACCGCGUCCUCAUCGAUGCUGCCUCUAUUCCAGCGUUGGCUCCCGUAGAGGCAGCCGAUGCGACCACCCUGCCAGCAUCCCUCCAUCUCUGGCAAGGUGACAUCACUACCCUGGAUGGGGUCACGGCCAUCACCAAUGCCGCCAAUGGCGAGAUGCUCGGCUGUUUCCAACCUGCCCACCGAUGCAUCGACAACAUCAUCCACGCUCGUGCCGGUCCCCGCCUACGAGAGGAUUGCUUCCGUCUCAUGAAACACGGACGGCGCUUGUUACCUGUUGGCCAGGCGUGUGCCACGGCCGGCUACUGUUUACCAGCACCAUAUAUCAUCCACACUGUCGGUCCCCAGCUCGAUGCUGGUCAGCCCGCCCCAACCCCUCAGCAGCGCAACCAGCUGCAGCAGUGCUACGAGGCCAUCUUAGAUGUCGCGGAAACCCUCCCGACAUCCGAUCAGAACAAGACCAUCGCUCUCUGUGGCAUCUCGACCGGUUUGUUUGCCUUUCCCGUCGAGGAGGCCGCACCCUUGGCAGUGGGAGCCGUCAUCGGCUGGCUGCAGAGUCACCCUCACACCACCAUCACCAACAUCAUCUUCAACACCUUUCUCGACGCCGAUACAGCAAUCUACCAGCUUGUACUGACGGAAAUGUACUCUCCCGUUCCCUCCCUCGCUGCUCCGCCCCAAGUCCACGGCGACUCGCUCAGCCAAGCUAAAGCCUGGCUCGCCGCCGCCGAUACCAUCGUGGUGAGCUGCGGUGCGGGUAUCUCCGCCGCCAUCGGGCUGGACUACACCUCGACUGCCCUAUUUACAAAACACUUUCCGGCAUUCAAAAAGUAUCGCCUGCGACGGUUAUACGAUACCUUUGACAGGACCCUCCGUGACUGGCCGUCGGAGAACGUCCGGUGGGGAUUCUAUUUCACCCAUCUGGCCAUGGUGCGUCGCUGGCCACGCUCGACUCUCUAUACCUCUCUUCUGGAAUGGCUGGCCUCCAGCUUUGCCUCCGACCACGUCCACGUCCGGACUUCCAAUGCCGACGGAAUGUUCCUCGCCCAUGACCUGCCAGAGACGCAGCUAUCCACGCCUCAAGGACAAUACGCCUUUCUCCAAUGUCUGAAAAACUGCCGCCCGGAUGCCGUCUUCCCGUCAGCACCAUACCUGGAUGCUGCGCUACCGCAUCUCGACCCGGUAACCCAGGUCCUGACUGCCGCGGAAAAAAUUCCGACGUGUCAGUUCUGUGGGGGAGAAAUGUCCAUCUGUGUCCGGGCCGGAAACUGGUUCAACGAGCGGCCUUUUGAAUCCGGCGAGGAGCGGUGGCAUCACUUCCGAGAGUCGUUUUUGGCCGAUCGGCGACGGAACGUGGUUAUUCUCGAGCUGGGCGUUGGCCUAUCCACCCCCGGGGUGCUGCGAUGGGAGAAUGAAGAACUGGUGGAGCAGGGCGAGGGCCGAGUGCGCCUGGUGCGCGCGGGCCUGGGAGAUGCGGCGCAUGUUCCCUGGGAGUUGGAGGCUGAGCAGCUGGCCACCAGCGUGGAAGGGGAUUUGCAGGAUAUAGUCAGGGCUAUUGUUGCUCCCAUGCAAUAG